GGAGGUGAGGCAGCCCAUAACAGACUCAAUCCCUCCCUCCUUCACUCCUUCACGUCAUCCUUCCUUCCUUCCUUCCUGAGCUGGUUAAUGAAGUUCUCCCUCCCUGCCUUCCUUCCUUACAUUCAUUCUGAGUUAACGAUAAUGGGUCUAUCGUAUGCAAAUUUGUGUGUGUAUGCGUGAAUCGGUGACCUAAACUCACACACACACACACACACACACACACACACACAGAUCAAGAUGGAAGAAAACUCAACUCUCCUCGUAUGUUCUUCCCUCAAACAUGACAUUCCCUUUCUCUCGCACGCCCUCCCACCCCACGCCCACACUCGUACAAACGCCCACAGCCUCCCAGAUGCCCUCUCCCCCCACAAGCACGCCUACACCCACCCACACGCCCACGUACACGCCCACAACGACACUCCUCCCGCCUUCGACUUUCCGUUCAUUGACCAAGCCUCCUCCGCCCUCCUGCCGUUGUUAAUAUGCGCGGCGCUUUGUUCGGUGACCCUCGCCCUGCGCCGCGCCCCCCGCCACAAGGGGCAGGCGGAGGGCGCGUGGGUGCGGCCCCUCAGCAGCCUGGCGGAGGUGGUGAGUGCCGUCGGGGCGCUCUUCGGCUCCUUCAACAUGGCGCAGGUGCUGUGGCUGACCUCUCCGCGGCCCAUUACGCAGGAGCAGGUCCACAAAGCCUUCACGCACAUCGCACAACGCGUGGAGGUGCUGCGCCUGGCCGUGGCGUGGCGGUGGCUGUGGCCGUGGUUCCGCCGCAUGCCGCGCGUCGAGGUGGACCUGGCCGUGGUGGAGGGCGACCCCGAGGCGGUGUGCGAGCAGCAGCUGGCCGCCACCUACGACAUGGCCGCGGGGCCGCUGUGGCGCGUGCGUCUGGUGCCGCUGCCGCCGCAGCGCCCCGGCCAGCACCGCGCCGCCCUCGUGUUCUCGUUCCACCACGCGGUGUCUGACGGCACCACCAACAUCCUGGUGAUCAAGGACCUGCUGCACACCCUCAACGCCGCCGCCACGGGUCGUGACCCCAUCGUGCCCGCCCGCCCCCUCAUGCACUCCCUCACGGCACGCACCGCCACGCCGCGCGGCUGGAUAGCGACCUUCACCUUCGUGCUCGCCGCCACCCGCACCGCCAUAACCACCGCCGUCAGCAGCCACUCCCUCACCAGCCUCCUGCCGCCCCAUGACUCGCGCCAGUUCGUGACGAAGCUCCUCCACCACGACUUAUCGGAGGAGGCGACGCAGCAGCUCCUGAAGCAGUGCCGCGGCGCCGGCGUCCGUGUACACUCGUGCAUCACAACGGCGGCGAGCCUGGCGAUGAAACGCACGACGCAGCACUUCGCCGGCCGCCGCCAAGAGUCCCUGGAGGUGAUCCAGGAGCAGGUCGUGAACCUCCGCCGCUUCCACAAGGAGCAGACGGAGGCCACGGGCUCCAUGGCCGUGGUGAUGCUGCAGCGCCACGCCGUGCACGACGACCCUGAGGCGUUCUGGCCGCUGGCCCGCGCCAUGCAGGCAAGGUUGGACCACAACCUGGAGCAGCGCCGCGCGCCGCUGCGCUCCGGCGCGCUCAUCUGGCUGGUGUCCGGCAUCGUGCCCAUCAACGUGCUGCUGGCCUGGCUGGGCCUCCCUAGCUUCAACUACAGCCACAUCGGCUACUCCAACAUGGGGGACCUGCGGCGCCUGCUGGGCCCCGCCGAGGAUGCAGAGGACGCCCCGGUGCAGCUGAGCGGCGUGUUGCGGACGGUGUCCAACGAGCUGCUGGGCAGCCUGUGCUUCGUCAACUGCCACACGCUGGACGGCCGCCUCAGCCUCAGCCUCGACUACUUCCCCAACAAGAUGAGCGGGGCAGCGGCGCGGCUAAUGUUCACGCACCUCACCCACGCCCUCACCCACCUGGCGGCCAGCGGCUCGCCCUCGCCGCCACCCGCCUCAGGCGCCGCGCGUGGCUGUAACGGUAACGGCUGAGCGAUGAACAGCCGCCCGCAUGCCAGGGACACCACCUGCGGCGCCGCCACGCCCGCCGCCACAGCCCAGGGCACAACACGGCUGGGCAACACCCGCCUGGCGCCGCCGUGCCACAGCCGCCACCACCGCAACCACUGACCUACACAAACCAAAGGAACCUAUGUAUCCCUCAACCCCUUGGGCCGCCCCGCCCCACUCCAGUAACCCCGCAAGACCCACACGGCAGCACCCGUACCGGAGGUGGACGGGAAGGGGAAACGGGAAAAAGGAGGAGGAGGAGGAGGAGGAAAAGGAGUGUGGAAGAGGAGAAGGAGGGAGAAGCGGUUGAAAAAUGUCAUAAUAUCACUAUUAACCCUUAUAGUGCCGGAGCCGCCCGGGUGGCUUGGCUAAUAGACUGCCAUGAGCCACCCGGGCGGCUUUUCACACACCCUUUAUUUUGUUCCAUCACUGUGCAUUUAUAAUAAUUAUAACGGUAUAUUUUUAAUAGGUAAACAUCCUCAAUAAUUAAACUUCAUCAUUCGAAUCCUUAAAGAUUGUUAGUAAUGGAUAGUCUGUAAAAGAAUGAACUAUGCAUAAAGCUACUUUUCAUGAUGUCGGCACGAGCGAGAUUAGGCUAUUCGAUAUUAUAUUAUUUUGAAUUACCUCUCCAGUAGGAAUGAACUUUGUCCUUUAGUCAGAUGAACUUAUAAACAAACACAUUUUAUCAUUCUACAUCAAUUACAAUAAACUAGGCA